CUCCGCGCGCCGUGUGGCCGCUUCGUGCCACUUGCGUGCGCGCACGUGUGUACGUUAGUGUGUGUACUGAUGAAAUUUUUCGGGUUUUGAACAAAACGCACGAUGGUGAUCUCGCAAGAGGUGCUCUCGAGGGCAGAGGAAAUUGCCGAUCAGGUAAUCCGCAAUGGCAAACACAUACUUCCAACAUUGGCACGCUUAUGUCUCAUUGCUACAUUCCUGGAAGAUGGUUUGCGAAUGUGGGUGCAAUGGAGCGAACAGCGAGAAUAUAUGGAUGCAUCAUGGGGUUGUGGAAAGUUCUUAGCUACUAUCUUUGUUAUUGUAAACCUUAUUGGCCAACUUGGUGGAUGCGUCAUGGUACUAGGCAGAUGGCGAGUCAGCAUAGCUUGCGGCGUCCUGUUCUUCAUUGUAAUCCUGCAGACAAUCGCAUAUAGUAUAUUAUGGGACUUACAGUUUUUGUUCCGCAAUUUAGCCUUGAUAGGCGCAUUACUCUUGGUAUUAGCCGAGUCUCGAGUCGAAGGCAGAUCGCUCUUUGCUGGUGUUCCCAGUCUUGGUGACAACAAACCCAAAAACAUAUUGCAACUGACCGGCCGUAUUAUGCUGGCAUUCAUGUUCGUUACGCUAUUCCGUUUUGAACUAUCGGUUCUGCAGAUUCUUCAAGACCUGCUCGGCGGCAUUCUCAUGAUGCUCGUGACAAUUGGUUACAAGACUAAACUGAGUGCGUUGUUGCUCGUAAUUUUACUCACUACGUUGAAUUUCUAUCAUAACGCGUGGUGGACUAUUCCCGAUUAUAAACCGCUUAGGGAUUUCCUGAAGUAUGACUUCUUUCAGACACUAUCAGUCAUAGGAGGUCUUCUAAUGAUAGUCUAUCUAGGUCCAGGUGGAGUAUCGAUGGACGAGCAUAAGAAAGAAUGGUAGAAUUAUUCUACGUCUAGAUGCGCGAAGUGUGUAUGAACUUAUCGGGUUGUUGUCAUGAAAGCGAAUUUUGUCUCGUUCCUGUUCCUUUGUACGCUCAAAGAAAUUCUAAGCGAAUCGUUAGAAACAUCAAACGAUACAAAAAAAAACUUGGUACAUCGAUAUAUAUCAUCGAUUCAAUGGAAACGACCGAGUAUAUAAACUUAUCGAUCAAUCAGUUUUUUUCAACAACGUGACGAAAUAAAAAAAAAAAACUUCACGAGAAGAAUCUUCUGGAAAAAAACGUCAGUAAGAUUAAUUAGUGUAAAGGUAAAGAACACAGGAAAAAAAAA